ACUUUGACUGUGACAAUCCUCUAAGUGAUAAAUGUAGCAGUCACCAGAUCAAAAGUCUCAGAAACAUACUCGCUGGACCAAGACAAUCUAAUAUAUACUCAGUACAAAGCCAAGUGUGACCAACUGCUUCUCCCAGACACCAGGUAAAUAUUCAAUGGCCCAAGACAAUGUAAUAUGACCUCGGUAUAAAGCCAAGUGUGAGCAGCUGCUCCUUCCAAAUAGCAGUCAGGUCGGGCCGGGCUGUAUAAAAAAGGAAGGGCAGGCAGCUCGGCUCUCAUUCAGCAGCGAUUGGAGUGAAGAAGCGUGAUGUCUGGAAGAGGUAAAGGAGGCAAAGGCCUGGGAAAAGGCGGAGCGAAGCGGCACCGUAAAGUGCUCCGUGAUAACAUCCAGGGCAUCACGAAACCAGCCAUCCGGCGCCUGGCUCGCCGUGGCGGGGUCAAGCGCAUCUCGGGCUUGAUCUACGAGGAGACCCGCGGGGUGCUGAAGGUUUUCCUGGAGAAUGUGAUCAGGGAUGCUGUCACCUACACUGAGCACGCCAAGCGCAAGACGGUCACCGCCAUGGAUGUGGUGUACGCUCUGAAACGCCAGGGCCGCACUCUCUAUGGAUUCGUUUGUCCGGGCUGUUAUAAAGCCCGCGUUUUCCUCCUGCCUAGAGAGUUGGAGAGAAUGGCCAGAACCAAGCAGACAGCGCGCAAAUCCACCGGAGGGAAAGCUCCCCGUAAGCAGCUGGCGACCAAAGCGGCCCGCAAGAGCGCUCCGGCCACGGGCGGAGUGAAGAAGCCUCAUCGCUACAGGCCCGGCACGGUGGCUCUGCGGGAGAUCCGCCGCUACCAGAAAUCCACCGAGCUGCUGAUCCGCAAACUGCCCUUCCAGCGCCUGGUGCGAGAGAUCGCUCAGGACUUCAAGACCGACCUGCGCUUCCAGAGCUCGGCGGUGAUGGCCCUGCAGGAGGCCAGCGAGGCUUACCUGGUGGGACUGUUUGAGGACACCAACCUGUGCGCCAUCCACGCCAAGCGGGUCACCAUCAUGCCCAAAGACAUCCAGCUGGCCCGCCGGAUCCGGGGGGAGCGCGCCUAAACGGGAGCGCGGCCGGCCCUGUACAUUCACCCCCAAACAGAGAGACACCCAACGGCUCUUUUCAGAGCCACCACACCAUCCAGAGGGAGCAGGAAUUCACGGGGGGGUCAUUGUUAUCGUUAUUAUACGGACAGGGAGAAUAUAGGGCCAGGUUAGUGCGUGUGUGGGGCGUUGGUAAGAGGCAGAACUCACUGGCAGCGGCAGUGAAUUUACAUCUCAUCAGAUCUUCAGUGGUGCAGGAUUUAUUAUGGGAUUAUAUUAUGGAGUGUCAUUUUAGAAGUUCAUGGACAAUCCCCCUCUCCUUAUUGUCUCCUUUGGUGUGAACAAGGUUUUGGGGCUGGCGAGGGGAGGGACACAGUUGGCGCCAAGAGAUCAACCGCUUAUUUUCAAACUUGGAAAGCCCGCCAACAUGUCGAGGAUUAUUCUAAAUACAUUGGACAGAGAACUAAAGAUUGAGACCACUCAGGCAAUGACCGUGCACUGAGAAAUAAUGCAUUUCCAGAAACUGUCAGUUACAAUUUAUGAUAAACUCUCUCUGCUCCCACAGUGACAAUACAGUCUCCAACAACGAGACAGAAAAUAACCGAUACCGGGAUCAGUGUACGGGCCUCUCCGUAUUGAAAUAAAAAUAA